CAACUUUACGCCUUUUUUAAUCAUAUUAGAAACACCUGUUGUAGUGGCUGCCGCUAAGAAUGUCCCUGCUUAUGAGAAAGCGGAAGAUCCUGAGUUUGUCUUGAAAAACAACAUACCGAUUGACACCAGAUACUACCUAACUAACCAGUUGGCAAAACCUCUUGCCAGAAUCUUUGAGCCAAUCCUUGGUGACAGAGCAGAGAAGAUUCUGAUCGAGGGUGAGCACACACGUGUGAGAACUGUGGUGCAAAGCAAAGUAGGCGGUCUUGCUGCAUUCACAAAGAAACAGGUUACUUGUCUGGGGUGUAAAGCAGUCCUGAAAGAUCAGAAACGAGCUGUUUGUGAUUUCUGCAUCAAGCAAGGCAAACUGCCUGAGAUCUAUGCUCAAAGAAUAACGAAUCUGAAUACUGUGGAAAGGCACUUCUCAAGAUUGUGGACAGAGUGUCAAAACUGCGCCAAGACCAUGCAAGAUAAGGUAAAUUGUGCGGCUCGAGACUGUCCCAUCUGGUACAUGCGUCAGAAGGUCCGCAACGAUCUUCGUGAAGCUCAUACGGCAGUGGAACGAUUUGGAGAACCAUCGUGGUAA